GUGAGAGGAUGUGUUCAGCCGCUUUUCUUUUCUCUUUCUCUCUUCUUUUCUCUCCCGUCACCCUGCCCUCAGAGCCGGCAGUUCCGGUGAUGCCGCGCACCCCCUGAGCCGGCCGGGGUCACCCUGGCCGGCUCCCGCCGCCGCAUGAUGGCCAGGCUACAGCAGGGGAAUGACCGUGAUUGCUGCCCAUUUCCCUCAGCCGGGGACAGGGAGGCAGAGCCGGCCGUGACCACAUCCUUACCCCUACCUGUGCGGAGGCUCCAUCGAGGAGGCGGCGGGGACGUUAGCUGGGGGGUCUCGGCGGCACGGCUCACCCACGGGCUGGGAGGAGCAGAGAGCAGCAGAAGAGCCCCCAAAGCACGACCCAACCCCGUCCACCGUGUAUGAGGCUGGGACGCAGUACGCAGGACCCGCGUCCGCAGAGACACCCCUUCCGAUGUCCCGGCAUGAGACUUCUCCGACAACGGUGCAACCCACCAGCAACCACCGCCCCAACGCCUGCUGCUUCUGCUGGUGCUGCUGCUGCAGUUGCUCAUGGAACGAGGACCGGGAGCAAGCAUGGAGGGCAUCCCGGGAGACCAAACUGGAGACCAUCCCAAACUGUGAAGCGUGCGCCAAGCCCACGCCGGAGGAGGUGCGGGGCUGGGCACAGUCCUUCGACAAGCUGAUGAAGAGCCCGGCGGGUCGCAACGUCUUCCGGGAGUUCUUGCGGACUGAGUACAGCGAGGAGAACAUGCUCUUCUGGCUGGCGUGCGAGGAGCUCAAAACCGAGUGCAACAAGCACACCAUCGACGAGAAGGCCAGGAUGAUCUACGAGGACUACAUCUCCAUCCUCUCGCCCAAGGAGGUGAGCCUGGACUCGCGGGUGCGGGAGGUCAUCAACCGGAAGAUGCAGGAGCCGUCCUCGCACACCUUCGACGAUGCUCAGCUCCAGAUCUACACACUCAUGCACAGAGACUCCUACCCUCGCUUCCUGAACUCUGCCAUAUACAAAUCGCUGCUCCAGAGCGUCUCCCACUCCUCCUCGGAGUCCUAAGGGUGCCCGCCAGCUGUGGGGAUGCCGGUGGGGACAUGGUGGCCAGGGAGGGCUUGGUGUCGCCUCCCUUCCAGUGCCCUCCCUGCCAGCCCCCCCACCCAGUUUUUAGCUUUUUACCUAUGAACCAUCACCCCGGUUUCUGGACCACCCUCCAGGACUGUCCCUGGGGCUGGUGCCACUGCGGCAGCACAGCCCGGGCCGGCUCGUACUACUGAACCCCAGCCCCGUCCCCGCCGCUGGCCGGAGCGAGCCGGGGGAGCGCGCGGGAGAGCGCCCGGGGCCUGGCUCCCCCUGCACCCCGUUUUGAAGAGGUCACUUUAUCCCAUCUCUGCCACACC